UUUAAAAGAUCUUCAAUCCAAAGAUACAAAUUGAUCAAAUUUACAACAACAAUAACAAGAGAAAUAAAAAGCAAUAAAUAAAAGUGUUAAAAUUGAAAUUAAAGAAAGAAAAUAAUAUAGUGACUACCGCUUGAAAAAUGCUUAAAAUUUUGAUAAAGUUUAAAUAUUACAACAACUGCAACAACAACACGUAUAUAAAAGAUAAAAACUACGAUAAAGACGAAGGUGAAAAAGACAACUGUCAGCAUCGCUAUCAGCAGAAGCAGAAUUUACAUGCCACCGGGCAUCAACGUUACACAGCAAGAAAGUAAAUUUUUGGAAAUUUAAAAGAUUUCUCACACUCGCUUACUUGUGUGCAAGUGUGUGUAUGUGGUUAUUGUUGAGUUUUGCUUGAAGAUCUCAAUUUAAGACGUUCAUUGGAAUAUUUGGUUGAAACCAAAGUCUAAAGCUUAAAGAGUAUUAAUUCGGUGUAAGAUUCGGUUAAGAUUAAACGUGUGUGUAUGAGUUGGAGCUUUUAAAACAAACUCAAAUACAAAAAAAUGCAUUUCCUGCAUUCCCGUUUUAUCAGCAUUGUGGCUUUUAUUUCAAUAAUUUUAAUACUUCAACCGAAAUUCAGCAUAGCCUUCGGUCAUAAAUGGCAUGCAAUGAAGAGUACAUUUCGCUAUUUGCAAGAGACCAUGUUAAGAACAAGUCUCAAUCGUGCUCAACUUAAUUACGGCAUUAUUUUUGAAUGUCGUACAACCUCAAAUGUAAGAAUAGGAGAAGAAGCUCACUUCAGCUUGCAGUUAGGAGACCUUAAAGGUUUUCGUAUGUUAGACAGCAAUAAAAGAUUAGCGCUAUUUCUGCAUGGCUGGAAUGAUGAGGGCAGUAAAGGCUGGGUGCAGGAAAUGUUAAGAACUUGGACCUAUUUUGAUCCGGAGUGCAGCGUAUGUGUUGUCGAUUGGGGCAAUUUGUCACAGAAUGAUUAUAAGACAGCUUCCAUGUCCAUAUUCGAUGUCGGCCUAACGGUGGCAGGUAUUGUGGAAGCCUUAGAACAAUUAAGCUCGAAUAAGUUUAGCCGUAAGAAUGUAACUAUAGCUGGCUAUAGUUUGGGAGCACAUGCAGCUGGUUUUGCGGGUACUGCUCUUAAUGGUGAAGUUGAACAAAUUAUAGGUUUAGAUCCAGCAGGACCACUAUUUACCAUGCCCUCUGUGGUGUCACCAGAAUAUAGACUGGAUCAAAGUGAUGCACAAUUUGUACAGAUUCUACACACGUCGGCCGGUACGUUAGGUUCGGGUGUGAAAGCAGGUCAUGCUGAUUUCUAUCCCAAUGGCGGCAAGGCACCACAGAGUAACUGUCGUCUCUUUAUGAAUCUACAGGAUGUACAAAAUACCAAUCCCAUAGCCUGCAGCCAUUCGACGGCAGCUGUGUUUUUUAAACAGUCCAUGGAUCCCACUUAUGCCUUUAUGGGCUACCACUGUGAUAGUUAUAAGAAUUAUGCCCGUGGUCUUUGCUGGAACAAUCGCCGUGGUCGUUUUGGCAUUCAUUCACAACGUGCUAGUUAUGGUAAUUUUUACUUUGAUACGGAGCCCAAUAAACCUUAUGUAAAGCAGACAACCAGACGACGUUGGAGACCUCCACAACGUUGGAACAGUCGUUAUGGCUAAUGAUAUAGCAUAGUAGUAGUUGUUGUAGUUACUGUUUUAAUGUACAAAUAUAUUUUCUUUUCGACA